AUGUCGGAUGAACGGACUGCCAACGCAUCUGAUGCGUCUAUGUCGCCGCGUCUGCUAGCAGAACAGUUUUCACUCCUCCUCAAGCCCAGCGAUGGAGCCCCCGAUGUGCUGCUGCGACAAGAAAACCUGAAGAACCUAGUGGAUAGUCUAUCACCAUGGGAGCUGACAUACUUAAGAAACGUAGUCCGGGACAAACACCCAGUCCUCGCAAGUCUGUCGAAUCUACCCCGAGAGGUCAUCGUCAUGAUAGCUCGUCAGAUUUCGGCAAGAGACGCUAUCGCUUGUUCACAUGUCUCGAAGGACUGGAGGAGCUCCAUGACCGACGACUUUGUCAUUAAUGAGCUGCUCGAGAUACAUUUCCCUGGUUCUUCGCAUUUGCUCCUCGGAUCAUCUUCUGAAAUGCCCUCGCAACAGUUGUCGUGGCCGCUCUUUGUCGAUAUCACUAGCAAUUUGAUGCGCCUCACCGAAGGAAACUUCAUUUCGUCUCUUGCAGUCAACACAGGUUUGCUUGCCAUCCACGAACGUUCCUGUUUCACCCUUGAUGAUAGCUACAUCAAAUACAGAGAGGGCACGCGUGGACGUGGCAUGCGGCCUCUCAGUGCUAUGCGCCGUCCAUCCACGGUAGCCCCAAGGAACUACGCGUAUUCAAAUGGGAGAGUUGCUUGGCAGGCCGAAGUCUACGGCGUUUUCGUCGACGAUCUACGGGCCAUGACAAGAACCCACAUUUCACCCCCAGACCUAGUCCUGAAGGGAGAGGUGGACUUUGCUAUUUGUACCAUGACGGAGAAACUGGUCGUAUUAGUGGAUAGCGUUACUGAACGAAAUCUGAUUGUCUAUCAUCUGGAAUUACAAGAAUACCGCAAUGUCACGCUCCCAAAUCGUGCAAAAUUUAUUUUUGCCCAUAAAGAGACGAUUGCUGUGCAAUUUUCCACCUCCCCCUUCACUAAUGUACCGCAUGUUUGGCGUUGGGGUCGCGGCCUUGCGAAACUAAAGCUCCCCAGCAUACCCAAGGCAUCAGACGGAGUGACCUUUGCUUUCGAACGUUCGGAGAAAGGUGGCCUCCUAAACCCUGCCUAUGGUUUUAUUUUCCAUCCCACGCAAACUAACCUGCUGUACUCUGUCUCCAUCUUGGGUGGACCAAAAAUCUUUGAGAGUAAUAUGGAGUCAACUGGAUACAAUAAUCAAACCGAACCACUCGAAAAGUGUUUUGUGAUUACAGUGCACAAAUUCGACGACCUGAAGCACACCCAAUCUUUCCGCCUAGAGGUCCCAAAUCCCCUGAGAGACAUAGAUUGUGACUUUCGCUGUCGUCCCAUGAAUCCUUAUGGGCUGUACAAUUUGUUCACGUAUUACACGGACAGUCCCGCCACCAAGGACUACUUAGUUUGGCUAAUCAACUUUAAUGUGGUGAAGGAAAGAUUCUCGCAAACCUAUCAUGAUCUUUCCAAAGGCAUGCGCAGGCCGCUCUGGAACAUGGAAGCAAAUAAACCAGAGGAGUGCGGUGGGAUUCCUUGGCAUAAUCAGCUCUACUAUCUACAAGGCCGCGUUAUCAAUUCUACCCCGGAAGAUUCAGAGUUAUGGUGGAGUUUGCGGCUCAGAAGCGACAACGUCAUCUGCGCCACGGACGACUCACGAGUUUUGGUCAUGGGAGGCUACGACAAGGACGUGAUCAGAACCUGUCGUUCCAUCGACAGCAUCGAGAUGGAUAAGGACUUUAUUGUUGCUCUCUCCCAAGAUGGCUAUGUUGUAUGGAACUUUAGUGACCCAAAUUUGAAGGGUAAACCUUGGCGAAGCAACGACGGCACCUCUUCGAUGUGGAGGCGCUUUACGGCUCAAGACACCCAAUGCCCUAUUCGGAAUUGUGAAGGGCCAGCAGCGCCCGCUAGCUGGUGCUUUCUCUGCAGACCACCUGCCGUCCCUCGUGUUGAAGUCUCGGCUAAUUCGGAACCCGCUGUUUCUCAUGACGGAGAUGAGUGGGAGACUUCGGAGUCAGAAGGGGAGGAUUCAGACUAA